CCACUUUGUGCAUCCUUCUGAACAAUAAUGAUUGCGACCGGUACACCUUUCUUCCUCUCUAACCCUAACGAGAAACCCUGUCCGGUGGAUGGCUUUUCAUGGCUAUUCUGAGAAGCUUGGUUCUCCCGAUCCGUCUGUUGGACAGCGCCCAUGGUCUGUCGAUCUCGUAUCCACUCUUUUGCCCUUAUUUCCAUGUUCAUGCGUCUCUUGGGGAGUCCAAAGCGAACUCUCGUCCUUGCUUAAUGAGGGAAAACCUCAUUUAUGCGUCCCCGUCCUAUUGGUUCUCGAGCUCUUUGAGACCACUAAAGUAUCCCAAAGGAUUUACUGCGGUAAAUCUCGUCCAUGGGUUGGACGCUUUGGGGGAUACCGAGGUGCAGUCCGACAGCUACGUAGGUAGUUUAUUGUGCCGCUCCUGCAUCAUUGUUUAUACGGAGUACGUUCCUCAAACUUCACGCGUCGAGCAUGUUCCUUGUACCAUGGACAACCUUGUCAAAUAAACGCCUCGUGCGACAAGCCACUCGAGAGCGAGAAUCCUUCUGGUAAUUU